AUGGAAUCUAAUGGGGUGGAAAACACGUCCAGAGAGACCGAAAAUGUGUUAAGGGCUUCUGUGAAUGCUGUUAGAGGACGCAAGCGCCGUACCCUUGCAUCAGCCCCCAAGACAAUUGCCAAGAAGCUGGCGCGGGAUCGAACACAAUCAGAGAAGAAGGUUGUGAGCAAAGCAAAGCGAGAAAUGGAGAAAAGAAUCUUUGCAAUAACGGGAAUGAGCGGUGCAAAGGGACCAUGGCCACCUCACAACUCCGAACGAAAAGAUGAGAAGUCAGGACUCACUUUCCUGAACCCUGACUUCCGAGUCGGUGUGAAGAUGACUGACCCCGCUAAUCGGCUGAUAUGGGAACAAGCAGCUGUGCAGGUUCAUGAAGCUAUUUGUGCUCCGGGUCAGAGAAUAUUGGCCAGUAGUGAAGUCGCUAGGACUAGCCUGGAAGACCUCCAGGUAUAUGGUAAGGAGAUCUUUCAGAAAAUGGCGACGGAGGCUCGAAAGGAACCGGAAAAGAAGCAGCGAGAGCUUCAGAAGAACCGGAGAGCAAGCCGCCUUCGAGUGAAGCUCUCACAACGACGGAGAGCAAAUCGCUCUCAGCCUCUUGUUCCUGAGGCCAUUCUUGAAGAAGAUUGGAUGAGUGAGGAGUAUUCUGAGCCCGAGGAAGAUUCUGGAGAGAACAAGGAAGCCUGGAAGUCAAGAAUGGCACGGGAAGCAAAAGUUUCAAUGGGGAUAGAAAUCAUUGAAGUGGCCGCAUGGCCUUGGCGUUCAAGUCUGGCCACCGAACGAUUGCACAUGUUAGAUGCGAUCUAUAAGGCAGAAAACUCACAGCGCCUUAUCCUUCGACAUUAUGGUUCACGGAUGUCAAAAACACUACCUCGCAGCGCACCAUGGAAUUCUAUGAUCAACCAGGAGUGGCUAAAGCAGGUGGGGAAGGUUGUGUACACUGAAGAAACGGCUGACUGGGGAAAUUAUGCUGACGAAGAAGAGUAUCCAGAUUUAGACAAGGAUGAUGAAUCUGGGAGCAGUGCUGUCGAUACAGGAAACACUUCAGCUCGUCGCAUUUCCGAAGAGUCCUUGUUGAGCUGA